AUGUUGGACAGUGGGUAUGGUGUGUUCAGGGUGUGUGCAUGCCAGGUGAGAGCGACCGGGAAGAUGUACGCCUGCAAGAAGCUGGAGAAGAAGAGGAUAAAGAAGAGGAAAGGGGAGUCCAUGGCGCUCAACGAGAAGCAGAUUUUAGAGAAAGUCAACAGCAGAUUUGUUGUGAGUAAAAGUAAAAGAAGAGUUGACACACACCCACACACACACACACACACACACACACAGACACACAGACACACACACAGACAGAGAGGUCCCCUAGCAACAGGUUUCCGUGCCUGUGCAGCUCCCGAGGUGAUUAACAACGAGAAGUACAGCAUGAGUCCUGAUUGGUGGGGCCUGGGCUGCCUGGUCUACGAGAUGACCGCCGGCCGCUCGCCGUUCCGCGCCCGUAAGGAGCGCGUGAAGCGAGAGGAGGUGGAGAGGAGGGUGACGGAGGAGCAGGAGGAGUACAGCGACAAGUUCACCGAGGACACCCAGGCCAUCUGCCGAGCGCUGCUGACCAAAGACCCGAGGCAGCGGCUGGGCUGCCGGGCGGACGGCGCCGCCGGCGUUAAGGCGCACACGUUCUUCAAACACAUCAACUUCAAACGGCUGGAGGCGGGGAUAGUGGAGCCGCCCUUCGUGCCUGAUCCCCGCGCCGUGUACUGUAAGGAUGUUUUGGACAUAGAGCAGUUCUCCACGGUCAAGGGAGUAAACCUGGAUCAGACGGACACAGACUUCUACUCCAAGUUUGCCACGGGCUGUGUUUCCAUCCCCUGGCAGAAUGAGAUGAUAGAAACGGAGUGUUUUAGAGAUUUGAACGUGUUCGGGCCUCAGGGAGCGAGACCUCCGGAUCUGGACUGGAACCAGCCUCCAGAACCACCGAGACGCAGCCUGCUGGACAGGAUCUUCAGGAGACAUCACCCAGAGGUGUCCAUCUCCCACAGCCGUGUGCAGUCUUCCAGUGUAAACUCUGUGGACUCCAUGUCCAACUCUGCCCCCUAGUGGCACACUGACAGUGUGACAUACACACACACACACACACACACACAUACACACACAUACACACACAUACAGACACACACACAUACACACACAU